UCCUCCGCGACGGCGUCAAUUAAAAAAAAAAAAAAAACCACAACACAGACAUCUCUGCUAGCAGAGUUAGCGACUAGCAAAGCGAGCUGCAGUUUUGUAGCAAACGGAUAUAUUUUUUUUUUAUUUAUUAAGAAGCAGUUAUCAAAACGCGAGAUUUUCGCUGAAUAUCAAUCGAAAGUGAGAGCGCGAGUUGUACCAGAAGCACUGAAAUCAGACCUCAUUCUUCCUGAGCAAUCACCUUCAUGGAUCAGGACUACGAGCGCCGACUUCUGCGGCAGAUCAACGUCCAAAAUGACAACGCCAGCCCUGUUAAAGUCACAGACGUGAUCCGUCACCUGACACCCACUAAGUCGCCGAUGUCUUCGCCCAGCAAGCACGGAGAUCGGUUCAUACCAUCGCGAGCAGGAGCCAACUGGAGUAUCAACUUCCACAGGAUCAACGAAAACGAGAAGUCACCAAGCCAGAAUAAGAAAACCAAGGAUGCGACCUCUGAUACUGGGAAAGCAGCGGACGGUUUGGCGUACUCUGCGCUCCUGAAGAACGAGCUGCUAGGAGCCGGGAUCGAGAAAGUGCAGGACCCCCAGACUGAAGACAGGAGGCUGCAGCCUUCCACACCAGAGAAAAGAAGCCUCUUUAGCUAUACUCUCAGUGCCAAAAGAGCCACUCCCGACGACGGCAACAACGUCUCGCCAUACUCUCUGUCUCCCGUCAGCAGCAAAAGUCAAAAGUUGCUCCGUUCACCUCGGAAGCCGACUCGCAAAAUCUCCAAGAUUCCAUUCAAGGUGCUCGAUGCUCCAGAGCUGCAAGACGACUUCUACCUCAACCUGGUGGACUGGUCUUCCUUAAACGUGCUCAGCGUCGGACUGGGGACCUGCGUCUACCUGUGGAGCGCCUGCACGAGCCAGGUAACGCGGCUAUGUGACCUGUCUGUAGAGGGAGACUCGGUGACGUCAGUCGGCUGGUCAGAGAGAGGGAAUCACGUAGCAGUGGGAACACACAAAGGAUUUGUACAGAUCUGGGACGCAGCAGCCGGCAAGAAACUGUUCACACUAGAGGGACACACGGCCCGAGUCGGUGCUUUGGCGUGGAACGCAGAUCAGCUUUCCUCAGGCAGUCGGGACCGUAUGAUUCUGCAAAGGGACAUCAGGACGCCGCCGCUGCAGUCCGAGCGCAGACUGCAAGGCCACAGGCAGGAAGUGUGUGGGCUUAAAUGGAGCACCGACCACCAGCUGCUCGCCUCCGGAGGAAAUGAUAACAAGCUGCUGGUGUGGAAUCACUCCAGCGUGGCGCCUGUUCAGCAGUACACGGAUCACUUGGCGGCAGUGAAGGCCAUCGCGUGGUCUCCUCACCAACACGGCCUGCUGGCGUCCGGGGGCGGAACAGCCGACCGCUGCAUCCGCUUCUGGAACACGCUCACGGCUCAGCCGCUCCAGUGCAUCGACACCGGCUCCCAGGUGUGCAACCUGGCCUGGUCCAAACACACCAACGAACUGGUUAGCACACAUGGUUACUCCCAGAACCAGAUCCUAGUGUGGAAAUAUCCGUCUCUCACUCAGAUAGCCAAACUGACAGGUCACUCAUACAGAGUUCUUUAUCUGGCGAUGUCUCCUGACGGGGAGGCCAUCGUGACCGGAGCGGGAGACGAGACGCUACGUUUCUGGAACGUGUUUAGCAAAACCCGAUCGACAAAGGAGUCGGUGUCGGUUUUAAACCUGUUCACCAGAAUACGGUAAAGGUGCGGCUGCGUUACAGGAUCACAUCACUACAUCCACGUCUCACCAGCCGCACGGACAGACGCAGUUCUUUUCAGUUUGUACAGUUUUGGACUCGCGGAUGUGCCGCCGCGCAUACGACGACAUCCGGCGACGGUUGUUCUCGACCCCAUCGUGUUUAUUUAGCUUUAUGUUGGUUGUACAGUUUAGUUCCUGUUUUUAUGUUACCAUGAAGUGUCUGAAGACGCAAAGCCUUAAGAUCAUACUGUAACAGUAAUGUCCGAGGGGGAGGGGGGGAAGGGUGUAAAGGAAAAAAAUAUGAAACACUUAAAAAUCAGCAUCUCAAAUUGUGUGUAGAAAAUUCAUCAUUGUUUAUUGGGGGGGAAAAAAUGUAAAAUGUCUAUUUAAAAGGGGGAAGAAAAAAAAAAUCAUGCCUGUACAGCAACUGGAAGAUGCCCUAAAUGGAGAUGUUAAAUUCACAACAAUACAAAACACCCUGAAAGUGCA